AGAGCAGUUUUCAACGCAACACCACAAUGCCUCUUAUUUCUGUGUACUUGACAGUUUCUCUAUAUCUUCUGUCUAAAAUAGUGACAAUUUGGUGCUACACUUAUCAAACCAAACCUCUUUUUCUGUCUUUCUCCGACUUGGCCACCCUUGAAGCGAACUCUUUGGAUCAGUUAAACGAGCCAAACUCUCGCUUUGGGGAUCCUGCUGGAGAUCACAAGGUCAAGGCCUUUGUGGUGAAAUGUCAUGAGGACAGCAUUGAGGUUGUGAUGAAAGCGUAUCUGUUUGACCCUCGCCUGCCUGUGGAGCCCAAGCACUUGAGGCUUGGACCUGUCAGUGCCGUGCAACAUCACUGCACAGCCAAAGUGUCUGGAAAUGGGGAGUACGUCAUCAUAGCGCCUCUGACUGACUGUGGGAGUAAUGUGAUGUUCACCCAGAGUGCUGUGCUGUACAACAACCUACUGCUGUACUCUCCUCCUCCAACAUCACCUGGAGAGCCAGCUGCUAUUCCUGUCCAGUGUGAAUAUGAAAGGAGGUACGCAGUGAGCAGCAGCGCCCUGAAGCCAACCUGGAGUACCCUGACCUCCAUCCAGUCAACGCAUCUCGACCUGGACUUUCACCUCAGGCUCAUGACGAAUGACUGGAGCAGUGAGAGAAAGUCAUCUGUUUACUUCCUGGGUGAAACGGUCAACAUCGAGGCCUCUGUAGAUCACCUUCAUCUUCCUCUUCGUCUGUAUGUAGAAAGCUGUGUGGCUACUCUGACCCCAGAUGUGAAUUCUUACCCCAGAUACCCCUUCAUAGACCACCAAGGAUGUUUUACAGACUCCCAGCUGCACGGCUCCAGUUCCCGUUUCCUGCCCAGAGUCCAGGACCAACUCCUCCAGAUUCAACUCGAACCUUUCCUCUUCCGCCAGGACCACAGACACACUAUAUAUAUAACAUGUUACCUGGAAGCAGAGCCCAUUUCAAACAAGGACCCAGUGAAAAAGGCUUGUUCUUUCAUGAGUGGGAGGUGGAAGUCAGUGGAAGGUGAUGACCGUGUCUGUGAGAGCUGCAGCAGGGUCAAAGGGACAAAUCACAGCAGCGGCAGUGCCAAGUCAAACCACAAGAGGGCACUGAGGAGCAAAACAAAGCACAGACAAACUGAGCUGCACAGGAUAACCAGUUUGGGUCCAGUGAUAUUUCUCCCCUGAAAGCUGACUACAGUGGGAAAAUAUCUGUAUUAAGAUAUUAAGUAAUUGAGUUAAAUAAAAUUAAGUAAAAAUGUGAUAUGUAAGAAAAACUAAACGUAGUCUCACUUGUUUUGUCUUUAUGUGUAGACUAGAAUGGGGGCACAACUUCACCAUUUACAAUAAAUAAUAAUAAUAAUAAUGAUGAUGAUGAUGAUGAUAGUAGUAAUGGUAAUAGUAGUAAUAGUAAUAGUAAUAAUAGUAAUAGUAAUUAUAAUAAGUAUAAUUAUAACAAUAACAAACUUUACUUAUACAGCAUUUUUCAAAACAAAGUUACAAAGUGCUUUACAUGCUUGAAAAAAUCAAGUCAAAGUCAAUUUUAAAAUAACACAAAAAAACAGAAUGGAAUAAAAUACCCAACAAUAAUAUCAGAUAUAGACAAUUUAAAAAACUGAUAUUUUGGAAAUUAAAUAGUGUGCUAGCACUUCAGGCGCAUGGAGAAGAGACGGUAGUCUUACAGAGUCAAAACUCUGCAGCACUUGUAGUAUUAGGAAUAACUUCAUCAUCACACUUGACUCUUUGUAAAGUGUUGAGUGAUGAUGAGCACAAGCUGAAACACAUCAGUCUGACAGUAAAAUUGUUCUUUAUACUUACUAAUAUGUGUUGCUGGAGCUUUCACCCUUUAUGUUUUAAUUGCAGACUAAACCUGCAGAUGCAUCUGAAAUAUCAAUGUGCUUUCUACAUAUUAUUGUCAACAUCUGUCAACACCACUCUUCUGAAAUGUAUUACGUGCGACUUCCUUUGAUGAUAAAACUGCUGCUAGACACCAAUACAAGACAAUAACAACACAAUGAA